UAUCCCUUUAUCGCCAACAGCCUCCUUCCAAAGAGACACGUAACUACCUCUCCUCAUCGACCGGAGAGCACAAAAAUGGCAUACUCUCCGUCUCUGUCCUCUUCCUCCAUUUCUUUCCGCUCAACUAACUGUAGAUUCCUUCCAUUUCCUUCCAACUUUUCUAUCAAACCAAAGCAUGCCUCCCCGAACAAAGCCAGAACCACCCUCGUCGUCUCCGCCUCCGCCACCGACCUCUCGGCCGUCGACGGUACUACCAUAGCUGUCAUAGGCGGUGGAUCCGUUGCGGCCCUCGCUGCCGUGAUAUCGCUCGCCGACCCGGAGCGAAGACGGCGACUCCAGGCAGAGGAAGUAGGCGGCGGGGACAAGGAAGUGGUGAAGGAUUACUUCAACAACUCGGGCUUCCAAAGGUGGAAGAAGAUAUACGGUGAGACCGAUGACGUUAACAAGGUGCAGCUCGACAUCCGGCUCGGCCAUUCGAAGACUGUCGAGAACGUAAUGAAGAUGCUGAAGGGCGAAGGCUCGUUGCAAGGCGUCACCGUUUGUGACGCCGGGUGUGGGACGGGGUGCCUCGCGAUUCCUUUGGCAAAAGAAGGCGCAAUCGUAUCGGCCAGCGAUAUUUCCGCAGCCAUGGUUGGUGAAGCUGAGAAACAGGCAAGAGACCAGCUGUUUUCAGGGAAUAUUGAACCUGUGCCUGUGAUGCCAAAAUUCGAGGUUAAAGAUUUAGAAAGUCUUGAAGGGAAGUACAAUACAGUGGUGUGCUUAGAUGUUUUGAUACAUUACCCUCAGAACAAAGCAGAUGGAAUGAUUGCCCACCUUGCUUCAUUAGCAGAAAACAGAUUAAUCCUGAGCUUUGCACCAAAGACAUUUUACUAUGAUCUGCUAAAGAGAGUAGGAGAAUUGUUCCCUGGUCCUUCCAAGGCAACAAGGGCAUAUCUUCACGCAGAGGCAGACGUGGAGAGGGCAUUGCAGAAGGUUGGUUGGAAGAUAAGAAAGAGAGGACUAAUCACUACACAGUUCUACUUUUCCAGGCUUGUUGAGGCCGUUCCUGCCUAGAGCUAACAGAGUCAUCAGAGUGUGCAAGAAGAAAAGAGUUUAUUUCUGGAGCUUUCUGAUCUUACGUUUUAUUUGGUAAGCACAUACCAAAUAUUGAGCAUUGUUUUCAUGUUCUUCUAGAGGUAAAGCUGGAUGUAGCCAGCAGCUUCCUGAACCUGACUGUGACCCUCCAUGGUAGAGAGUUUAGGAGACAUCAACUAAUGUCAAGGGUCUGGAUUUGAUUUACUUUCGAUCAUGCUCAAGUUGAUGGAAUUUUUUUAUCUUAAAGGGGAAAUUCUGUAAUUUCACAAGCUGAGAGGUUAUUUCUUCAGGUCAUUAAUAAUUUGGUUAUUUUUAGAUAAUAAUAAAUAGAAACAUAGCUAGUAAGGAGUCCUUACGAAACUAAGAAAUAUAGGCCUGCCUGUCAUUCUUCCCAAAAUAAAUGGAGUUUUUGCUAGUGGAUUAGAAACUAUAAAACAAGGAAGAAAGGAUUAGUUUAGCAAAUUAACAGCCUUUAUUAAGAAUCAGCCAAAUAAACCAUAAUGAUAGAAAGGUUUAAUAAUGAUAGAAAAUAGGAGAAAGACUUAAAAACUUAAUUGUGGAUGUUAGAUUGGUUGUUUCCCAAUAUUGGAUUACGGAAAUGGAAAGAAGAAAAAUAUGAAUCAAUCAUAUUUAUGAAUUUUGUGACUAAUAUGUACUCAGAAAGCACUUAUAUCCCCAUGUAAAACCCCUAAAAUAACUUUCUACAUUUGGAGAAAGCUCUUAUUAUAGAAUCCUCUCCGCGUCUUGGUUCUUGGUUCUUGGUGAUCAUGGUGGCUAUAUUUCUCUCUAUUGCAUCAGUGAGAUUGCUAAGAGCAGCGAGCAAGUUAUCACGCUGCUCUUUGUUCUUUUGGAUCCUAUCCGCCUGUAAAAGCUUUUAUUGAGAGGUUCAAGCCGCAUUGUUCUCAUGUCGCCACCACUUUCCACAAUCUCAUCUGAUUUGCUUUUUCCGGCCGAAUUCUCUUACAUCCGUCAGAUUAUCACUUUGA